CAUGGAGGUGUUCCCGUCCCCCCUGGAGUCCGCCAAGUUUAUAGCCGGCAACAGCAAAGAUGUCUCCGUGGACGAGGAGGGGGCGCGGCGGGUGGCGGAGAGUUUGUUUGACAAAGCCUCGGCGGCGGAGUUCGGGCUGGCGGGGUGGAAGAGCCUCCACGAGCUGAACCCCCGGGCCGCCAGCGAGGAGGCGGUGGACUGGGUGUUCCUGGUGGACACCCUCAACUUCUCCUUCUGGUCCGAGCAGGAGGAGCAGAAGUACCUGGUGAAGUACAAGGGUAAAGCCUACAGCGGCUACUGGUCCCUCUGCGCCGCCGUCAACAGGGCCCUUGACGACGGGAUACCUAUUACCAGUGCAUCGUAUUUUGCCACCAUGACGCUUGACCAAGUUAGGCAUGUAUUUCGCUCUGACACAGAAGUGCCCAUACCUUUGAUUGAAGAAAGACAUCGGGUGCUGAAUGAAAGUGGAACAGUUCUGUUAGAGAAGUUUGGAGGCUCUUUUCUCACCUGUGUUAAAAUGAGUGAGAGAAGUGCUCAGAAACUACUACAUCUAGUACUGCAAAAUUUUCCUUCUUACAGAGAUGAAGCUGUAUUUGAGAAAAAAAAGGUAUCUUUCUACAAACGGGCACAAAUACUUGUGGCUGAUACAUGGAGUGUAUUAGAAGGCAAAGGAGAUGGCUCUUUUGAUGACAUUUCUAGUCUGACUAUAUUUGCUGACUACAGAAUUCCUCAAGUGCUUGUUCACUUAAAAGCAAUGAAGUAUUCUGAAGAACUAAUGAAGAAACUACGUGAAGGAACAAUUUUCCAGUCUGGAGAUAAGGAGGAGGUGGAGAUCCGUGGCUGUUCGAUCUGGUGUUGUGCACUGAUCUGUCAGCACCUGCUGGAGCUCUACAAGAAGAAGGGUCAGGACAUGCGUGAGAAGAUCAAUGCGGUUUUACUCGACUAUCAUCUUUGGGACUAUGCCAGGGAUCAUAGGGAAGAGAUGAAAGAUACUCCGUUCCACCGAGUGCGGUGUAUAUAUUACUAAGUCCAGUCUGAUAGCUAUUGCACUGAUGCGUUAUCUUUUGAAUCGCAGUUGUUCUUUUCAUAGGGCGGUUUGUCACAGACUCAUUUGGAACAGGCUGAAUCAAACAGUCAUUUUCUGAUGAUGUGUUAACAACUUGCUUUCUUUUUUCUCUCUGAAUCUUUCACUUGCCAUGACUGGAGUCAAUAGUGUAAACUUUGCUGGACGGUCCACGUUAAUUCAGGUUGUAUUACUCCUGCUUUGAGUUCUGCGUCUGUGUACGUACACGUAUUUGCACACGUGUAUGUGUGUAGGGACCUGUCCCUGCGUGUUGUAGCCCUGCAGGCCGGCGGACCAGCCUGCAGGUACCUUCUCACUCCCCCGCCCGGGCCGUCUGUAGCUUGUCCUCAGCACACGCUCGCCUCUGACGGCCGCGCUGGGCGAGAGCUGAACUAUGGCGUUCAUUAAUAAACGGUGC